AAUCUGCUUUCAUGCCUGCUUUCACUGCGCUUCAUCCCUCCCCCAGCCCCUGGGCCGAGCCUGGAGGCUCAGCCCCGCUGCCGCAGGGCCCUUCUGCCUGCCCGUGCCCGGGGACCGAGCGCUGCCGCGGGGGUGUUUCUGUGGGGCACGGGCCGAGGCCGCGCCCGCAGGGACUCACCACGGCUCAGACAAAGCGGCCCCGGCCCUGAAGCGGGGCACUUGCGGCGCAGCUCCUCCGCCACCCUGCUACCCCCACUGCCACCUCCCCUGCCUCCCUUCCCUCCGCCGGCCCCGCACGGCUCCCCCGCCCCCGCCCGGCCCGGAGGCGGGGCGGGCUCCGGGCGGCGCCUCCCGCGGCGGGGCCGAGGCGGCUCCUUCCGUCGGUGGCCGCGGCUGCAGCAUGAGCGGGCCGGGGCUGCCGGGGCCCGGCGGGGGUGCGGGGCUGCCGCCGCUGCCCAAGAGCCUGAGCGGGCUGCUGAACUCCUCGUCCUCGGGCGGCGGCGGCGGCCAGGGCGGGCGCUGGCGGGACCUGGAGCGGCUCUACGCGCAGAAGUCCCGCAUCCAGGACGAGCUGAGCGGCGGCGGCCGGGGCUCGCCGCGCCCGCCCAAGCCUCCCAACCUGGACGCGGCGCUGGCCCUGCUCCGCAAGGAGAUGGUUGGCCUUCGGCAGCUGGAUAUGUCAUUGCUGUGUCAGCUCUACUCCCUGUACGAAUCCAUUCAAGAAUACAAAGGUGCCUGCCAAGCUGACUCUAACGCAGACUGCUCGUACGCCCUGGAAAACGGAUUUUUUGAUGAAGAGGAGGAAUACUUCUAGAAGCAGGAAGAUUCCCCUCGAGGCUGACUGAACUGAGGUUCUUUUGUCCUUCUCUCCCUGUAACACACCUCAACAAGAGCGACUGGAAUUUGUAUGGAUCCCUCUUCCUGAAGAGGAACACCCAGCUACCCCGAGUUGUGUUAAAUUCUCUUAUUUUAACAGGCUGUCGGUACAAGUCACUCAUGCAAAUACCACUUGAGCAAAGUGCUGUACUUUAACUUUUGAAGAGUCUUCAGACAUGCUUGACAAGAGUUUUCAAUUUAAUUUGGAAGGUGGGUGUUUUCAUCUUACAAACAUUGGUAGCUUAUAACUGGAAUUCUAAUCGUAGUAGACAGCAGCGACUUCCUGAGUUGUAAUAACUUCAUAAGCGGGGAGGGAAGCCUCUGCUGUGGUGUAAAUAGCUCUAGGUGAUUUUUUGGGGGGGGUCAGUGGCAUUGAUAAAUGCAUUUUGAACAGGCAUCUGGAUGCACGCACAUCCUCAGCACUACUAAGCUAGUUCUGCUCUUACCGGCUGCAUCCAGUUUUGUACUGGGUGAAUUGUUUACACAGUGAUUUUUUUUUUUUCUCCUUAAGCUAAUUUAUUCCUAGCUUACAAGCUGUACAUGUGAUAGUGAAUGUUAUCAGCAGGGGUUUUAUUUCUGUUGAUCUAAUUCACUUUCUUGGUACUGCCACUUGGCAUUAACUUUUAUACUCUUCUCUGGAUUUCUUGCAUCAACAUAGCUCUUCGACCUGCUAAGCGCUGCUCUGAAAUGGUUUGCUUAGCUUUUACUGCACUGCAUAGUAAAAGCACAUUUUCAAACAUAGUCUGUCUGCCACUAUGUGGCUUGGAAUAACACGAACUCUUGUGCAAGUGUUCUUGAUCAUAUGAAGAAUAAGGAAACCUCUCAUAUGACACAAUGGGACAAAUUGCAAUAUUUUAUACUGGGUGAACUUUGUUGCUGUAAGGUAGAUGACAGCUCUUUUUAAAAAUGCGAAAUAAGUAUUUUGAGCACAUACUUUGCAUAUGUUGAAACUUUUUAUACUAACUGGUUCUUUGAAAUAUAACUUAUUUUUGUUUUCAGAACUUACUAAAGCACUUGGUUAAGUUUUUAUUAAUUCAUUGUGUGAAAUGCUUAAUCAGCUGAGAGUUGCCAACUAUCUGAGUUUUCACCCUCCUCUAUUUUAAGUAAAAUCAACUCCCAAUGCGAUUUUAGUUUCUUAAAUUUAAUUCUGAAGAUUGCUGUAAAGCACAGUGCCUGAAUCUUGACACAAGGUAAUAAUUAAGGGCUUAAACCUCAAAGGGUUUUUGCAUGGUUCAUGUCUGGCAUGCAUGCAGUUUGCAGGAAGAACUGGAGAUGACAUUCUGGGGUAGCUCCUCUCUUAGUUUUUAACAAAGGCUAGGAUGUUUCAGUGAUAAAAGCCAAGAGACUUCCAGGGUGUGUUCCCUCUAAAACUGGCUUAUUUUAGUGGAAUUCAAAGGCCACAAGAGUAAAGACUGUGCUGUAAUUGUGUAUGUGUUUAAGUUCUUAAUCUAGUCUGUGGCAGUGGUUGGAUAUUUUUUUAAAUGUUAAUUCUGGUCAAAUUGCUUCACUCACACAAAACUAAACUGAAUGAUAAGGAAAACACAGAUAAUUCAGAUAGUUAUAUCUGUACUUAAAAGUUGUGUGCCUAUGUGUGUAUACAUGUAUAAAUAUAUAUACACACACAUAUUUACAUGCAACUUUAUGCUUUGACUUAAGAAUGUAUAAGCUUUUAGUAUAAUUUGCUGUGCUUUUCGUAUUUACAUGAGGCUUUUUCUAGUCUGCUGAAGUACUGCUAUUUUCUUGCUCUUUCCCCAAAAAUAAAAAGCAUGAUGUUUAGCAUAA